AUGCCUAUAAAAAAGUCUAAAAAAUUAAGAGAAAUCUUAAGAGAAAAAUAUCUUAAAGAACUAGAAGAUUUAGAAAAGCGUAUUAAUGAAUUUGAUAGUUCAAAAAAUAUAAGAUUAUUUUCAGAACUUCCAUUAUCAAAGCAAACAGCAGAAGGGUUAAAGGAAAAUCAUUAUUUUAAGCUUACAACAAUUCAAAAAAGAGCAAUUCCUAUUGCUCUUAGUGGUAGAGAUAUUUUAGGAGCUUCAAGGACAGGAAGUGGCAAAACUAUAGCAUUUUUAGUUCCAGUUCUAGAAAAUCUAUUUAGAAGGAAAUGGGGUGUUUAUGAUGGACUUGGUGCAUUAAUUAUUUCACCAACUAGAGAGUUGGCGACACAGAUAUUCAAAGUUUUAUGUAAGAUUGGCAGAAAGCAUAGUUUUUCAGCAGGCCUUGCAAUUGGAGGGAAAGAUUUGCAAGAAGAAGCACAGAGAAUAUCACGAAUGAAUAUUAUGGUUUGUACACCAGGAAGAAUCCUUCAACAUAUGGAUCAAACAUCAGGAUUUGAUGUUGAUAAACUUCAGAUGCUUGUUUUAGAUGAAGCCGAUCGUAUUUUAGACAUGGGAUUUCAAAAAACUAUUGAUUCUAUUAUUGAAAAUUUGCCAAAGAAUAGACAAACAUUACUUUUUAGUGCAACUCAAACAAAAAGUGUUAAAGAUCUAUCUAGAAUAUCCCUUAAAAAUCCAGAUUAUAUAGCAGUUCAUGAAAAGGAAAAUAGUUCUACUCCUCCAACACUUUUGCAAUAUUAUUCUAUUAUUCCAUUGGAUGAGAAAAUUAAUAUUCUUUUUAGUUUCAUAAAAACACACUUAAAAUCGAAAACAUUAGUUUUUAUGAGCACUAUUAAACAGGUACGUUUUAUUUAUGAAACAUUUAAACAUUUACAACCUGGUGUUCCACUCCUACAUCUUUAUGGAAGAAAAAAACAACAUUCAAGAAAUCUUAUAACAACUCAAUUUUUUACAGCAAAACAUGCUGUUAUGUUUUGUACAGAUAUUGUAGCUCGUGGACUUGAUUUUCCAAUGGUCGACUGGGUUUUACAGUUUGAUUGUCCUGAAGAUGCCGAUACAUAUAUUCAUAGAGUAGGAAGGACUGCAAGAUAUGAUAAAAGUGGAAAAGCACUUAUAUUUCUUUGUCCAAGUGAAAUAAAAAUAUUAGAACGUCUAAAGCAAAAAAAAGUGCAAAUGCAAGAAAUUAAAAUAAGAAAUUCCAAAAAAAUUAAUAUUUCAAAACAACUUCAACAUAUUUGUUUUAAAGAUCCUGAAAUUAAAUAUUUAGGACAAAGAGCUCUUAUAAGUUAUUUAAAAAGCAUUUAUCUUCAAAAGGAUAAAGAAGUAUUCAAAUUUGAAGAUUUAUCUAUUGAGGAAUUUUCAUCAAAAAUGGGACUUUUAGGUGUUCCAAAAAUUAAAUUUUUACAAAGCUUAAAUAGUAAAAUUUUAAAAAAUAAACCUAGAGAGUUACAAAAAUACUCAAAUGAUAAAAAUAUGCAGAAAAACGAUGAAAUUGAUAAGAAAGAAACAAUUAAAACUAAAUAUGAUAAAAUGUUUAAACGUACAAAUCAAAAUGUUAUAUCAGAACAUUACAGAAAGAUGAUAGAAGAAGACAAUGAUUUAUUAGUUAGCCAUAAUUCUACUGACAAUGAUGACUUUAUAAAAGUUAAAAAGGUAGAUAAUAAUUUUAAUGAAGAACCUUUGGAAAAUUGCUUUAUAGCGCUUUCAAAGCGAAAACAGAAAAUUGCAUUGUCAAAAAAAGCAAUGCUUAAGUAUCGCCCUAAAGGAACAAAAUUAAUAUAUGACGAUCAGGGAAAUGUAUCUAAUAUUUAUAAAUUUCAGGACGAAACAUCAUUUCAUAAAGCAGGUACUGCUGAUGAUCAAAAGAAAAAAUAUCUUCAAGAGGAAGAAAAAAAAAUGAUACAAAACGACAUUGUAGAUAAAAUACAAACAAAAGAAAAAAGGCACCAAAAAAGAAAAAAGACUUCAGCAAUCGAAAGAAAAAAUAUCACACAAAAUUCCACUGACAACAAUACUGACUUCGAAUCAUCAUCCAAUGAUAAUCAUUCACUUAUACAGGCAAAGAGGCAAAAAAUAUACCUUGACAAAAAUAAUUCAAAAGAUUCUUCGAUUAUAGAAAUCGAACAUCUUGAUACACUUCAAGAUCAUGAAAAUCUUGCAUUGAAACUAUUAAAUUCCUAUUAA